AUGGGUGCAGCAUCUUCUAAGAUAAUAGACUCUCUCAUGGAGGGCACCAAUUUCGAUAGAGAAGAAAUCGACAGACUCCGUAAAAGAUUUAUGAAAUUAGAUAAGGAUGGUUCUGGUACUAUCGACAAGAAUGAAUUUUUGGCAAUUCCAGGGAUUUCUUCUAAUCCAUUGGCUUCAAGAUUGAUGGACGUAUUCGAUGAAGAUGGCAGUGGAACCAUUGACUUCCAGGAAUUCAUUGGAGGAUUGCUGGCAUUUAGUGGUAAGACUUCACAUUUGGAAAAAUUGAAUUUUGCGUUCAAAAUUUAUGAUAUUGAUAGGGAUGGGUUUAUAGGUAAUGGUGAAUUGUUCAUUGUUUUGAAGAUGAUGGUAGGGAAGAAUUUGGAGGAUGAGCAGCUUCAACAGAUUGUAGAUAAAACCAUUAUGGAAGCGGAUGAGGAUGGUGAUGGCAGGUUGGAUUUUGAAGAAUUUAAAAACGCGAUAGAUAGUUCUAAGGUUGCAAAUGCCUUAACAUUGAAUAUUUUUUAA